AUGGCCAACAACGAACUUCCAGUCGAGAAUGUUUUUGCUGAUGAACCAGAAGCAGAUGAAGACUUUUAUAUCCAGCGGGGUGUGACUCAAGAAGCGGUUCGGCUGAAACUCUUCAAAUAUUCAUUAGCCGGAGAAGCGAGAAAAUGGUUCAUAAAGCUACCCCGAAACUCUAUUGCUACAUGGGAUGAGUUGGUCAAAGUGUUUCUCAGGAAGUGGUAUCCCCCUAGUAAAAGAGCUGAAAUUCGUGAUCAGAUUUACGAGGUCAAACAACGUAAUGGGGAACAACUUUUUGAAGCCUGGGAGAGGUACAAAGAAUAUUUGGAUAGGAGUACAAACCAUGGUUUUCCAGAACAUAUUUUGAAGGAUAAGUUUUACAGAGGUCUGGAUCCUAUGACCCAAGCAAUAGCCAAUAAUGCUGCCAGCGGGUGUUUCAUGAAUAAGUCAUAUGCGAAUAUUACUGAUAUACUUGAUCGAUUGACUACACAUAGCCAAGCUUGGCACUCAAGUAAUUCUGAUGGGCUAUCACUUGGAACACCGUUGAUUCAAAACAUUAUGAAAGAUAGUCAGGAAACGCAACAGACGUUGGCACAAUUGGCCACUAGUCUCUCUUUGCUAACAAAGAGGCUUGAUGAGAGAGAAGCGAAGAAGGGGUCAUAUAAUCAAAGGAACUACAACAACAACCAAGGGAACUACAACAACAACUAUGGUGGAUCAAACCAAGGGAGAUACAACAACAACAACGGUAAUUUUGGGAACAGAAGUUCCAACCCUUACAUUCCGCCAAAAGGGCAGUCUAAUGAUCAAAGUAGUUCGAGGUUGGAGUCAAUGCUGGAGAAAGUGUUGGCAAGUCAGAAAAACACUGAAAAGACAUUAUCUGGGCUAUCAGAGACGAAUGGUGGGGGCGUAGAACGUACUUUUGCUAUUAGCACGAGGAGUGGUAAAAUACUUCAAGGUGCUGACAAGAAGGUGGUUGAUCUAGAGCCAAUUAUUGAGGAAGAAGAGGUGCGUUCUGAUGUGCCUAUUAUUGAUGAGGAAGUCCUAGAAAAAGUUGUUGAUAUUCCAGAAGUUGCUGCUGAUACAGGGAAACACUCGAUAAAAGGGGCUCUUCGCCCUUUGACUCAGAUGUACAAAGAAAAGCCUCCCUUUCCUUAG